AUGGCGCAUUCUCGACACCUUCCCGAACGCGUCAACCCUCUUAUGACGGAAGAAAUACCAGCAUAUGAGACUCUCGUGGAGCGUCGUCGUCUGGGCCAGACCGAUCUCGCUGUGAAGGCUGGCCAGGUCGGAACGUCAAACUCUACGAAGCCAAAGAAUCUAGGCACUUUCGACUAUGCGCAUCUGCGCGCUCCGUUGCCGAAAGGGAUUGUGUCUGGGAUCUUCAAGCCUUCGCCCGCGUCCUACUUCCUUAUGCGACGUAGCAAUGACGGAUACAUAAGCGCCACAGGAAUGUUCAAGGCGACUUUCCCUUAUGCCGAGGCUUCCGAGGAAGAUGAUGAGCGCAAAUAUGUGAAGAGUCUCGAAACAACAAGUACAGACGAGACAGCUGGUAAUGUUUGGAUUCCUCCGCAAAGUGCGCUCAAGCUCGCCGAAGAAUAUCGAAUUCUACCAUGGGUCAAGGCACUGUUGGACAACACACCUAUUGAAGUCAAUCCUACCAAAGACGGUGCAGCAAAGCCAGUUUCCUCGCCUCCUGCAUUCUUCCUCAUGCCUCAAGAAUCGCUUGCCGCCCCUACGCCAAGCCGUGGCCGACCACGUCGAUCCGCAUCUCCCAGUAAAAUCGCCUCGCCAAAGAAGCAUGGUACCGCGUCUACAAGAUCACGGAAGACGAAGAAGGAAGAUUCAGCUGAGCCAAGUCCUAAAUUUGCUAGCAAAAACCUCCAACAGGCUUUGAAGGCUGCCGGUGAGGAGGCUGAAAAGACUAUUGAGGUUGAGACGAUUACCGAAGAAGUUAAAGAAGAGCUGAAAGUUAAGGAAGAGCCAGUGGUUCGCGUCAAUGUUGAUACGGAUGUAGAGGUCAAGGGCGAUGUUGAGACGACUCAUACGCAUGUCGAAGUUGAGAUGCCAGCCGGAUUCGCCGACCUACCAUUACCUGAAGAUACUGAGGCCAUGAUUGCUAAAGCAAAGGAAAUGGUAGAUGCCGCAGUGAAGGCCCAAGAAGAAACUGGCCAAGCCGUUGCUUCUAGUAGCGCACCAAAGAAAUCCAAGCGAAAGGCUGAGGAGCUUGAGGAUGAGGAGAAUGAUGAAGGGGCUUCGGAACCUGCUCCAGCAGCAAAGAAGGCAAAGGUGGAGACAGAGCUCAAGAAGGAACGCGUCAAGACGAGAGCUUUGAUUGGUAUUAGUGCUACGUUGGUGGUUGGUGCUGCCGUACAAUAUGCCUUCACCACACUAAUGUGA